AUGGGUUUGAAAGGAAAGUUAACUGCUGCAAUGGAGGCAAAGUGUGGAGGACACUCAAUUCAUGAUAUAAUUCACACUAAUACACAUCAUGUAUCAACUAUUAGUCCUCUUAUCAACCAAUUUGAGAUCCAUGAAGGUGAAACCAUAAAGAUUGGUUCGGUUGUAAGCUGGCAUUAUAAUGAUGCUGGACAGAAAAAGAUUAUGAAGCAAAUUAUUGAAGCCAUCGAUCCACAUAAGAAAUCAAGUUGUUGGAAAGUUAUUGAAGGAGACGUGUUGGAGAUGUAUAGUUCUUUUACGUAUUUAAUAUCUUUUGAACCCCAGUGGUCAAUGUUGACAAUUGAGUACGAAAAAAAAACAUAA